GUCUGCUGAGCGCUCUGUCGCUGUGACGCACUCUUCGCCCGGGUUGGCCACCAACACUUUUGCUCUUUUGCUCACGCAUUUUCUGCAAAGAAAUAUCUGUUCCUGUUGAGAAUGACCUGAGAGACAUCAACCGAGGGCUGUGAGUGGGUGCGUAAACGCCGGCUUGUGCACAACCGACAGGCGCAGGUGGAUGGAUGGAUUGCUGGAUGGAUGGAUGGAUAGAUAGAUCUCAACGAUGGACUUGAUAUGAGGAGGACCUUAUCUUCCAAGAAAUGUCUCCAUUCAGCUGAGAAGUGACAACUUCCUCGUACGCCCGCCAACUUAACGCUCAGCAGCUAUGGCGCUGGAUCAAUGGUCCUUCCUCUCAUCUCCGCCCAACAUGACCAUCCCCGAACCCCUGCUGUACGACAGCUUCCUCCAGGGCAACGAGUCCGGCCUGGACCUGAACCUGACAGUCGAGACAAGGGAGCCCCACCAGGACAAGACCAGCUCGGUCGUCAUCACCUUCAUCUACUUUGUCGUUUGCGGCGUGGGGCUUUGUGGCAACGCCCUGGUCAUCUACGUCAUCCUGCGCUACGCCAAAAUGAAGACGGUGACCAACAUAUACAUCCUCAACCUGGCGGUGGCAGACGUGCUGUGCAUGAUGAGCCUGCCGUUCAUCGCCUUGCAGCUGGCGCUGGUGCAUUGGCCCUUUGGCGAGGUGCUGUGCAGGGUGAUCAUGACUGUGGAUUCGCUCAAUCAGUUCACCAGCAUCUUUUGCCUCAUGGUCAUGAGCAUCGAUCGAUACUUGGCCGUGGUUCACCCUAUUAGGUCGACAAAAUGGCGGAAGCCCCGCGUAGCCAAGUUCAUCAACCUGACAGUGUGGGGUGUGUCGCUGUUAGUCAUCCUACCUACGAUGAUUUUCAGCGGUCUGGACAAGGUGCCGGUAUGCAGCAUCAUUUGGCCCGAGCCCCAGGAUGUCUAUUACACCGCCUUCAUAUGUUACACCUUCUUCAUUGGAUUCUUCCUACCCCUGGCUGUCAUCUGCAUGUGCUACCUGCUAAUCAUAGUCAAGGUGAAAUCGUCAGGCAUGCGCGUGGGUUCAACCAAGCGCAAGCGUUCAGAGCGCAAGGUGACGCGGAUGGUUUCCAUCGUCGUCGCCGUCUUUGUCCUCUGCUGGCUGCCCUUCUACAUUUUCAACGUCACGUCGGUCACCAGCUCUAUCAACCCCACGUCUGCCGUCAAGAGCACCUUCGAUUUCGUGGUGGUGCUGGGCUACGCCAACAGCUGCGCCAACCCCAUCCUCUACGCCUUCCUGUCGGAGAACUUCAAGAAGAGUUUCCAGAAGGUCCUGUGCCUGAAAAUGGUGACGGGCCUGGAUGAGAUGGAGCGGAGCGACAGCAGGGCGGACAGGAGCCGGAUGGUUAACAACGCCUUGAUCAUCAACGCCAAUUUGGAGGCUCACAACACGGCGUUGCUCAACGGCGAGCUGCAAACCAGCAUUUAAGGGCCAAGGUCCAGAAGAGGAACUGCUUGAGAUGGUCACUACUGCAGGGGGGUGGUGUAAUAGCUGACCCUGUGGACUUGGGCACAUGAAAUAACGGAAAUCUAAACAAUUUCCCAACAGAGGCCAGAGAAGGUACACUGAACCCAGCUCAUGACUGUUUGAGCAGAUGAGGCAACUUGAUCCGGUUGACCCCCGAGCACAGAAUAACACACAGCAAGCCUGUUGACUGACAUCAAACAUUAGUUGCACCGACGCUUACGUCAUUAACUCAAUGCCAGAGUGGAAACUAGACCCAGUCAGGCUUGUAUUGGAGAGUUGGUCUCUGAAUGUGCUGAUAGACGGGCGACUAUAGCUUAAUGGUGUGUAUGUGUGUGUGGGAGGCGAGAUGUUUGGAAUCCCAAAGUCAUUAGGCGCUGUUUUCAUUAAACGGGAGACGUGCUGAGAAAGCCAAACUUUUCAGUGGAAGACAGCCAGCGACUCUCAAAAGAUAAACCCGAAAACCACAAAAAAACAAAUAAAAAAGGUUUUGAUGGUAAUGAUCUGUUUAGAAGAGCAGCAGAGUAACAAAUGGCAAACUACUCACGUGUUUAUUUCCCGACAAUAAAAGACGUUGGCGGCUGGCCGGGCGAUGCCGCACUGAUCCGUAAAUUCUUCAAUGGCCGGGUGGCGAAACAAAUUGGCAGCGGCGACGACCCCGCUUGAUUGAAAACAGUUUGGUCGUGUAAAUAGGAACAUGCUUUCCGCUAACCUGGCACAUGUGCAAACACGCAGGUUGGCCGACCAAUAAGGUCAGCAAACUCGUUGAUUGUUUUUAGGAACCUCUCACUAUGUCUUUUUUCUGGAACCCUUGCCACUGUACAAGUUUAUCAUCCGUAUCCAUAUCGUUAAUAGGUGUUGACGAUAAUUAGGCUAAAACAAGGUCGCCACUCUUGGCACGCCAUCAUAGUCAAUGUGACCAUGAGUCUCCUUUAAGAUAAACAUUUUACACUGCAAGACACUCUAAUUUUCAUGAAGAUGAUUUUAAUCUACAUUUAAAACCCUUCCUUGUGGCCCAUAUAUUAAAUAUGAUAUGGUCUGAAAAUUGCGUACAUUUUGCUCCACAGCUGCAGUUACAAGCCAUUUUGUCUGCAAGAUGUUCAGGAGGCCUUUCUCAGACUGCAAAUGAAACUAAGACUCUCUCCAGAACUAUCAUAAUAUAUCUUAUUUUUAUUUUUAUUUUUAUUUUUUUAAAUCAAUCCAACAAAAUAAUACACAAUAAUACCAGAAUAAUACAGUUCCAAUUCCAAAACCAAACCCAGCAACUUUCAGAAUAGCAAUCAACAGAGCAAUUGAGAGGACACACAAACAUGACACAAAACAAUCCAAAAGUCAUCAAACAAAAAAUAAUAAUAUCAACAACAGUAUCAAUAUUAAUAAGAAUUCCAACAAAACAGAGAUUAGAAAUCCCUCAUUGACAUUAUCAUCACAGCCAUUUAUAUAAAAAAAAAAACAUUUAAAAAAUAGUGUCACAGUGGCUUACACUUGCAUCACAUCUCAUAAGCUUGACAACACCUUGUGUCCAAUAUUUUACACAUAAUUUAUCUUUUGAAAAUGUACCUUGUUUAAAUAUAUAUUUUGAAACUGUAUUUAUUUUUCCAUACUUCAGAAACAUAUUGAUUCACCCGGUCACAACAUUAGGUACACCUGCACACUCGCCGAUCGAUUCAGAGCGCAGAGUAGCAGCAUUUUCGUCACUGCAUGUCGCACGUCUGUGUUAUUGUGCACAUGUCAAAAUUGUAUAAAAAAAAAUACUUCAUCUUACCUUAUUUUGUGUUUCCCCCUAUCCUGAAGCAGCUCUGUCUGAGAGCUUGACUUCAUGUCCAAAUAAGUGUUACCACCUAGUUGUGACGUCACAACAGACUGCAAAACCCCGCCAACAGAGGCAUCCAAAAACUGCAUGCAAGCUUACGCCAAAAUGCAAGAACCUUAUGAUUUGACACUUUGACAGUGUUUAACACAAGUAUCCAACAACAUUUAUAAAAGACAAAAUGCAUCAUAGUUCCUCUUUGACUGUAUUGCUGUAGAAUUUGGUUAGAUUAGGACACAAGGACACACAAUCUGCCUCCCGUAUUUAUGUACAAAAAUAUUUGUACAGUUGCCAGAUCAUAUUGUAUAUCAUUUCCUCAUUAUUGCGUUUCCCCUUUUAAAUGUAUUCAACACAAGCAUGUCAAACUUGCUAUCAUUGAGGGCCGCAUCACUGUUAUAGCCGCUUGUAACAGUGAAUAUAUAUCACUAUUGCUAUUAGUAAUAGCAAUCAAAUUCAUAUGAAUUUGAUUAUUUAAGUCAAGCAAAUAUUUAGGUAUUUAUUUUCAUUUUAACAAAUGUUUGGAAUAUAUUACUUCUGCAGCUAUCGAUUGUUUGAUUAAUUAAGUAAUCGAAUAAAACACACUUCCUAGCCUCAAUGCGUAUUUUAAGGGAAGUAGUUGAAAUAAACAACCUUUCUGCUCGCCAUAUCCUUCAUGCUAUUCGUCUGAUAAAUGCAUCCAAACAACAUUGAAUUGCACUUUUAAUGUGUGUGCAAUAAGAAAAUAAUUUAGAAAAAAACACCAUCGCUCUGCACCGCAUUGCAGCGGCCGUACGGAAACUACAGCAUGUCCACAUAUUCAAAGUUCUGGGCACUCCAUGCAGUCCAGAUUUGAUUUACCUUUAUUAGUUACGCUUAUUAAAUGAUUAAUCAAAUCAACAAAGCUUUUCUCUCACCAAAUUAAUCGAUUGUAUUGAUUCAUUGUUGCAUCCCUUGAAUAUAAGAUAAUAUAAUGAUUAAGACUGUCUUUGACUAAAGAUUUUUAGAGUCAAAUCUGAUUUGUUACAUUGUGUCAAAAGUCGACAAUCAGUCGAAUUUAUGGCGUUUUUAUUUCUUUUUUUUAAUGAAAAAUAAACAGAUGAUGAUGAUACUAAUCCGUAGAUUGUACUUUAUGCUGACUGGUCACUGGAGGUCAGCAAUGUCACAUGGAUGUGCUCUAGUACAUUUAUCUAUAAGAAGGAAAAUAGUUUUUCAUUAAAGUUAAAAGUUAAAGUUAAAGUACCAAUGAUUGUCACACACACACUAGGUGUAGCGAAAUUAUUCUCUGCAUUUGACCCAUCACCCUUGAUCACCCCCUGGGAGGUGAGGGGAGCAGUGGGCAGCAGCAGUGGCCGCGCCCGGGAAUCAUUUUGGUGAUUUAACCCCCAAUUCCAACCCUUGACGCUGAGUGCCAAGCAGGGAGGUAAUGGGUCCCAUUUUUAUAGUCUUUGGUAUGACUCGGCCGGGGUUUGAACUCACAACCUACCGAUCUCAGGGAGGACACUCUAACCACAAGGCCACUGAGUAGGUGAAAGUAAAAUGAACAAAACAAACAACUACAUUUUAAACGUGUUUCACUUUAGAAAGAAGUUUGUGAGGUUCUCGAUCUGGCGCAGCACCAAGAGGACAUCAAACUUGAUUAAAUAGACAAAAAAAAAAGUCGGAAAACAGUUUCUUUAUGUGAAUCAGCGAAAUUAACAUUAACCUUGAACUGCACCUCCCAGCACAUCCUGGCAGGCGCCAUGUGCGUCUUCCACGGGAUUCGGCCGACAAAAGGCGCUCGAUGGCACGGCGAGCUUCGUGUCUUGGCAGAGCCUCGAUCACGUCCCCUAUGUAGUAGAAACAGCCUCCCAACACUAUUAGUCAAAUAUAAUUGUGUGCAGACAAAUAGAUUUUGUAUAAUAAGAGAUGUGAAAGGCCAAAACGCGCCAACUGAUUGCAAGACACCACACAAGGAACCGAUGACUGCAAGCAGCGAUUGCGCUCUUGUGACACCCACUUGGCUCUCCAAGUACCACCAUAAUGACCAACAUUAAAAUACAGUUGCGUAGUAGGCCUACGUAUUCAUUAAAAACAAGGCAGAGGUUUUAUUUAACAAGCAUAUUUUAUGUUUUUGGCCACUGUAACAUUACGCACAGUUUGAACAGUAACACUGUGUUUGAAAAUGUAAUUAAGUGAUAAUUUGCCAUACCACGAGAUGGAGCCUUAGUACCACAGUUUGAGAAUCACUGCUCUAAAAAAAAUAUUCACCUGCACAAAAUAAUAUUUUAUUAAUAUAUUUUUUUUAAUACGCAAUCGAUCUAUCCUCCCAACACACCUGCGGUACUUAAGGGGCUUCAGCCUUUACUCGCCUUCCUCCCAUGGGGGUUUAAUAUCCGACGAUGCGACAGCGAGGUCGAUGGUUGACUCAGACCCCUCCAAAUCGAGUCGUCAAUCAUUUGAAGACAGCCCAAAUAAAAAUUGUUGCAUUGUCAGAUAUUUAAGUUUUUAAAAAAUGCCAACUUUGCCCUCACUUCCAUUGAAUUCUGGCUCAAUGUUUAUGAUUGUAACAAAAUGUACUGAGUUGUCAGCUUUUACAUGGCAGUCAACUAUUGGUUUAUGUGGCAUAUUCAUCAAAGCAUGUUAGUGCAGAUACAUGUGAAAAUGUUGUGCAAUCUAGCACGUUUUUCACAAUUCCUGACUAAAUCGCUCUUAUUUUGAGUUCUUCUGACAUCUUCCCACUAUUAUAAAAAGUAAUGCUUUAACAAAGAAAAAAUUAAUUAGAGCAUCGGUCAAAUUAAAAGGUCCCCAUAACAACCCGAGGAAAAAAAUAAUAAAAUGUCUUAUGUAAUUCUAAAUUUUGCAGAUUUAAUUAGGAAUGUUCUGGAGAGAAAGCAUUGCCCUUUUCAGCUGUAUCAAACAAUUUGUGCACAGUGACCUUAUCUUCCAUGUAGAUAUGAGGUUUUCUGCGGUGGAAAUGAGGUCAUCCUGCAGUGUCAGGUUGACUUUGAAGCACAUUUCUGCUUGGUCAAUUAUAAUCCUUUUUUUCAUAUAGUCUGACAUUGUGUGUAACUACAGUUGAGCACAUUUGGCAACUAAAUAUUUCAAAGCAUUCUGGUCUCCCACAAAACACACUUUUACCACACAUUUGCAUGUUACAGAUACCUCAGAGAUUUGAAUACAAUAUAUCCGAAUUAGAAAUGAGUGAUAUGGUGAAGUAUUUUUGGAAUUCAGCGCAUUCCGUAAAAGCAAGGAUGUGACUUGGUCUGAAUAGUGUUUUUUUACACAAUAGGCCACACACACACACACGCAAACACACACACACACACACACACACACACACACACACACACACACACACACACACACACACACACACACACACACACACACACACACAGAUUAUUGUAUUUGCUACCUUCUUGAGACCUCCGGAAAAAAAGGACCACCCUUUCUAGAUAUAUCAAUAUUUGUAUUUACAACAUUAAUAAUGUAUACAUACUAUGCAAAUAUAAAAAAGUUUGUUGUGAAAAAUUAGUUGAAAUUUCACAAGAAAAAGGUCACAUUUUCACAAGAAAAACGUAUAAUUUUGGAAGUAUUAUAAUAAAAGUCGUAAUUUUACUCAACGCAAGUCAAAAUUUUACAAGAAAAUCGAAACAUUUUACUCGACAAAAGUCACAAUUUUAUAACAAAACAUUAAAAUGUUGGCAAUAUUAUAAUAAUAAUCGGAAUGUUACUCAAAAAAAUGUCACAAUUUUACAAGAACAGCAAAACAAUUGGCAAUAUUGUGAUAAAAGUCAGAAUUUUAUAUGACGAAUGUCACCAUUUUGCAUUAAAAAGUAAUAAUUUUACAUAAAGAAGUAAUCAUUUACGAGAAAAUAAUGCAAUAUUACAGAGGAUUCUUAAUAGGACUAGUUGUUAAAGAUCCCUAAAUAUUCAGCACAACAAUUAAAUGGGGUUGGAGAUGUCCUCUUGGGUUUGGUGGAGUCUGGCAAUAAUCACGUGGUGCCACCAGUACAACACAUCUUCAGUUGUGUUCCCCGACGUCAUUGGGCGUUUCGGCCAUUUAUCACAAGACACCCUCUGCCGAGGUUGACCCACCACAGGCUGAUCAGACCUGGGUGUGUGUUGCAUGGUGGCACCACGUGGUUAUUUGGCAGCCCAUGCUGCAUCCCUGCGCUUCAGCCACAGCCAGUGACUGCUCCGUUCUGCUGCGGUGGCAAGUUCUUCAAUGGCCUUACGUUGGGCCUGUCCUCUGAUUCCUACUUCUUUCAGGAACCUUGUGAUGGAACUGGCUACAAAGCCUCUGCAGCCCACCUCCACUGGCCACACCUUCACGUUCCAGCCCCGUGCCUCUGCUUCAGCUGCCAAGUUGGCAUAUCGCAGCCUCUUCCGUUUGAAUGCCUCAUUGAUGGCGUCCUCCCAUGGGACCGUUAGCUCAACGAUGAAGACACGGCGGCAGGACAUGGACCAGAGGACCAGGUCUGGGCGCAGGCUGGUUGCUGCAAUUUCGGGUGGGAAGAUAAGCCUCUGGCUGAGGUCUACCCGCAUUUCCCAAUCUCGGGCUGCGUUCAGUUGGCCUAAGUCUGGAGGUGAUGGCUUGGUACGCCGUUUCUCUCCUUCCCGGAUGGAAGUUGUUUUGCGUGGGAAGGUAGCCUGAGCAUUUAGAGGCAUGGCAUUGGUGACUACUCUCUUAUUCUCAAGUUCGGCAGCCAAGCACUUCAGUACCUGGUUGUGGCGCCAGGUGUAUCUCCCUUGAGUCAGACUGGUCUUGCAAUUACCAAGAUGUGUUUGAGGGUUGCUGGGGCUGUACACUGGAGACAGGCUGGGUCCUCUCCAUACCAGAGAUGUAGGUUGGUUGGAGAGGGCCGGACAUCAUAUGUGGCUCUAAUGAUGAAACUUAAUCUUUUAGACUCCAUGCUCCAUAUUUCGUUCCACGUGAUUGUUCUCCUCUCCUCUCACCUUGUCCAGCGGCCCUGCUGGGCUUGGGAGACUGCCUUGGCACACCUGGCUGCUUCCUCCUGGUGGCGCACUUCCUCCACCACCAUGUGCCGCCGUUCGGUUGCAGUUGCCUUUUGCCACGUGGGUGUUGUUGGUUCCAAACCAAGGCCCCCUCUGCCAUAUUGGACAUGCCCCACUACAUCCCGGUGUCUGAGGGCAGUCUUUGCCACUGCGACUGCUGCAGAUGGAUUCCAUUUCCUCCCUGCCGCUAGGGUUGGAGCAGCACCUCUGACGAAUGGGUCCCGGGAUUCUGUGAGAGUCAUUUCCAGCCUUGAUUUGGCACAUUUGUACUCCUCCACCACGCUUGAGAUCGGUAGGGAGAGGGCUCCGUUGCCAUACAGGCCUACGCUGCUAAGACAUCUCGGCAGUCCAAGCCAUUUCCUCACUUGUGCAUUCACCAGCCUCUCCAGCCGAUUGGCAUGGGAUAGAGCGACCUCAUAGAUGGAAAUUGGCCACAUGAGACGGGGCAGCAGCCCAAACUGAAAGCACCACAGCUUCAGCUUCCCAGGGAGAGUAGUGUUAUUGAUCUGAUUGAGUCCACUGAUUGUAUCCUACCUGAGUUGGUCCACCUGCUUAGAGUCUUUGAGUUCUGCGCUAUACCAGCGGCCAAGGCUUUUGAUAGACUUUUCUAGAACUGUUGGUAUUGGCUCGUUGUUGAUGUGGAACCUCUCAUUGGUAAGCUGGCCCUUGAUGAUGGAGAUACUGCGGGAUUUGCUUGGUUUAACCUCCAUUCGUGCCCAUUUGAUGUUUCCCUGGAGUUUAUCUAUCAGGCGUUUGGUGCAUGUAUUUGUUGUUGUUAUUAUCGUCAUGUCGUCCAUGUACGCCCUUAUUGGAGGAAGACGCAGCCCGCUCUUCAACCGCUCCCCUCCAACCACCCAUCGAGAUGCUCGAAUAAUAACAGAAACAGAAAGAAUAUGAGAAAUUGUUCCCAAUUUUAUAAGAAAAAAGUCGACACAUUGUGAGAAAAAGACUGCUUUUAGUAUUUUUUAAAUUUUUUUAAGUUUUUUGUUUGUAAUUGGUUUUUAAUCUUCAUUAUUUACUUCAAGUUAUUACAGUAUGUCUCUAUGUACACAUUUAUUCUAUUUUUUUUAUUUAUUGAUUUUGGCCAAAGGGGACACAUUUCAAUGUCUUACACACACUUGUUAUUUCAUAUGUUGACCAGAGGGGGAGCACUUUUAAAACUGACACACAGUCAAUUUGAAAAAUCCCUCCUUUUUGGGACUACCCUAAUUUUGAUAGAUUUCACCACCAGGGGUGCAGAUGAGACAUUCUAUUUUAGAUGCAAUGGUUUUCCGUAUUGGGACCAUGAUUUAUGUCCUAACUUGUUCACCGGUCCUCAUAUGGAAGGUACUUUUCCUUGUUGAUGUCUCAAGAAGGGUAGAAAUACUAGAAUACACACACACACACACACCAAGAAGGGUAGAAAUACUAGAAUACACACACACACACACACACAUGCACACACACACACACACACACACACACACACACACACACACACACACACACACACACACACUUGAGUCACGAUAAUGUCUGCAUGCACACGCACCCACACACACACACACACACAACACACACACACACACACACACACACACACACACACACACACACACACACACACACACACACACACACACACACACACACACACACACACACACACACACACACUCGAGUCACGAUAAUGUCUGCACGGAUGUAUUUCUCCCUCUGAUGCAUCAGACAGAUGUAACCUCUCAGCAACAAGAAGACUCAAUGACACCAUUCAACUGCCUCAGUGCAUCCAAAAAGUCUUCACAGUAAUGAGCUUUUUUCACAUUUUGUUAUGUUACAGCGUUCUUCCAAAAUGGAAUAAAUUCACAAUUGUCCUCAAAAUUCUACACACAAUACACAUUGAAAAUGUGAGAUUUUUUUUUAUUUUUGCAAAUCUAUCAAAAAUUUAAAAAAAUAAAAUAUACAUGUAAAUAAGUAGUCAUAUCCUAUGCUCAAUGUUUCCAUUUCAUUUUCAUUUAUUCAUUUAUUUCGGACAAUGACACAAAAAAGUACAAGGUAGACAAGAUGUAAUAAUAUAAAUUAAUAUAGUGCAAAAGGUAAUGUACAGUAUGUCAGCAUGAUGAUCCAGUUUUGCCUGAAAGGGAGUGAGAAUAAAAUAGUUUAUUUAAUCCCACACCCAGUUCUCCAUACAGUGAUUAAUACAUUGAGCUUCCCUGUUACUUUGUUUCGGGAUUAUAAUACAAAUGUUGUAUCAUGGUGGCAUUACCACAGGUAACAAUAAUUAUUACACUGUAACAAUAAUUUGUAUCAACAAUGUAGGAAUAAUCAAUAUACCAACAAUGGUAAUAGACAACAUAGCAACAAUGGUAAGGAAACAUUGAGCACAUGUUAACUCUAUGAGACAGAUUACAACAGCAGGUCAAAUUAAAGACCCUCGACUUGUCCAGGGUGUACCCCGCCCUCCGCCCGAUUGUAGCUGAGAUAGGCUCCAGCACCCCCCGCGACCCCAAAGGGAAUAAGCGGUAGAAAAUGGAUGGAUGGAUGGAUGGAUCUCUAUAUUUGAACCAGACCCCAUGUUUGUAUAAUAGUUUAAAUCGAUUAAUAGUUUGGCAGUGCUUGUGUUGUAAGUCCAGUUUGUUCCAUAGUUUUACUCCGCAUACAGACACACAAAACCGUUUACGAGUGGUUUGAGCACUCGGCAAUGAGAAAUAUCCGAAUCCUUUCCAGUUAUAAAAAAAGGUUAGGCGGCAAUAAUUUGUUAAAUUCUUUAUAUAAGAUUAUUAAUGUAUUAUAUUUAACAAAAUCAUCAAAUUUGAGCAACUUUGAUUGCAUAUACAGAUUAUGAGUAUGUACUAAAUAAACAAUGUCAGUACUUUGUUGAUGCACCUUUGGCAGCAAUUAAAGCCUCAAGUCUUUUUGAAUACGAUGCCACAAUUUUGGCACACCUCUCUUUGGGCAGUUUUGCCAAAAUACCUCUUAGCAGCACCUCCUACGCUCGAUUAGAUUGGAGGGUUUUCAUCCAUGCUGCAUCUGUACAUUUCUGCAUUCAUCUUUCUCUCUAUCCUUUUUUGUUAUCUACAUAAGAAAAUGUGGAAAAAGCGAAGCACCGUGAAUACUUUCCGGAUGCACUGUAUUAGUAAUAUCCACAAAUCGAAACAUUGCCCCUCUCUAUAUAAAACCAAAUCCCCGCGUAUACACUCAUUGUCAAUCAUUUACUCCCAUUCUUAUGUCCACCCACUCCUUUGUUUUGCUCGCACAGAAUCAUGCAAACCGAAAACCGUCUUCGGACUGACAUGAACUGAAAGAAAACAAGACUCUCGGUGCAUGCAGUAAAUGGGCCGUUGUGAUGUUUGAUCCGUGUUGACAGGACGGUUUGAACCAAAACUAAUGUAAAUGUAGCGUGAUGAUAUGUCACAUGUAGACACUUGUGUUUUUUUCUCUGUGCAAAGAGGAAUCUAAAUAUCUGAUAAAAUGAGGUCACAUUACGAGAGUUUUCCAUGUGUUUAAUCAUUGGGGUUGACAUGUAGCUCACAUCGCGGCUACACACCACACCACCACCACAUAUGUACAUCUCAGUUGUCUAUACAAUUCGCCUGGCUGUCAAUUUAUAGCGGGGAACGGGGUUGGUUGUCACACUUUUUACUCGAGUGCAAAAUUGCUCAUCGUCAAAACAUUCUUUCAAGAGUCAUUCGAACAUUAAAUUGAAGUUUAGAUUAUUGGCUUGAAAUGUGUACCCUUCUUGUUAUUUUCCAACUAAACUUUUAAAGACCCUUGUGACUAAUGGGACACAAUUAAAUGAAUACAUCUAUAAAUAAUUACUUAAAUGUGUCAUUAAUUAAUUAUAAUUGGCCUUAAGUACAUACAUAUUCAAUUAAAUGUGUCAUCAAUUUAUUUAAUGUAAAAUUACAUUAAAUAAUCUAAUUAAUUCAUUAUUUAUUCCAUUAUUUAAAUAUUUCGUGAUUUAAUCUAUCAUGGAUUUCUUUAUUUAAUAUUUUGUUUAAUCAAUGACACAUUUAAGUAAUUAUUUUAUAGUUUUUUAAUUUUGUCUCAUUUGGCCCACCAUACUAGGGAUAUUCCUAACAGGGUUUUAUGCUUCUGAUUCAAAUAGACUAUCCAAACGUAAGAUCGGCCGUUACUAAUACCAAUAACAAUCAUAUGUAUUAACUGUAAAUUGUUAUUGACAGUACAUCAUUUGCUAGCAUUUAAGUACCGCCAGGAUGAGAAAGUUCAGAGUGUAUAAAGCAUUUUUGGAAUCCCAUUUUACUUCAGACCAAAAUAAUGUUUUGACUCAUUAUACUAAACUGCUAUUAGGUUUGGAAUCAGCUUAAACAAAAAACAAAACAAAAAUUUAAACCAGUUUUAUUACUAAUCUUAUGUAUUACUAUACUUUACUUUUACCCCAGUAACCUAGCACUUGAACAUUUAAUAUAAAGAUAACUCAU